AUGGCCAGGUCAAUCGUCAAUACAGACAACUUCCUAGGCGUCGCACUCGUCAUCAACCGCUCCCGCGACGGCCCAGCCUUUGUGUUCCACUACCCGCCCAACGUGCCCUCUGGCUCAUCCGCCGACAAGGCAGCGGCCGACAGCGCAGCCUCGGAUGCCGAAGACAUCUUCCUCAGUCGUCUCUCCCAGCCAUCCUCGUCCCCGUCCUCGUCAGGCCGGCAUGGCAGCUCUACGACGACGACGACGACGACGACACGUCAAUGGGCCGACGGCGAGAGAGCCUACGUGACACCCAACGGCUCUCUCCUGCCCCCCUGGGAGCGCGUGGCCGGCUUCCCUACCCGCGACCUGGCUGGCAUACUCACGCCGGCGCGGUCGUACCACAAGUCUCUCUUCCAGCUGUCGCUUGACCCGGUACACUGCGUAUCGUACCCGAUUCACGUCCCCGAGAGUGGAAAGUGGUGGAAGAGCAGUAAGAAGAAGAAGGAUAAGUCCAGGGGUUCCAUGGCUGUCGACGAUCCACAGCAGCAGCCGCAGCAGCAGCCGCAGCAGCAGCAGCAGAGCACGUCCAAUGAACCUAGCUCUGCGGUCGGCGUAGCUGAUGACCACCACGGCGGCAAGGAUGACAAGGAAAGGGAUGAUAAGAAGGAUGACGGGGGGGCUGCCGCUGCGGACAAGGAUAAGCACAGCUCCAUGACAAUGUUCAACCUAGUCUUCAUCCUUAGACCGGGCCGGUCGGAGGCGAGGGAGCUUGUCGACGCGCUGUACACGCACAUUGUCAAGAAGGCUAACAAGGUGUACAAGUACAGUCAGCAGCAUAGUGAUUUCGUGUGGAGGGAAUCCAAGAAGAUAUUGAAUGCCAAGGAUAAGGCUCGUGAGGCUCAGAAGAAGAUGAGCAUCCUGUGGAAAGAGAUCCUACAGACUUCAUCCCUGGCGGCCUCAAUUCAAGACAUCUACAACGCCGUCAGUCAGAACAAGAUAGCAGCGCUGCACCUGGAGACGACUGCCGGGAUUCUCACGCCGUCCUUCCAGAUCCCGGCGCCCUUCUUCGUGGCGGACGUGGCGGUGGCACAGCAGCAGCAGCAGCAUGAGCACGCGCGCGGCGAGGAGGCGGGGCUGUGGCUGACGACGGCCAACGCCUUCCUGGGACAGGACACGCUGGACGAGCCUGGCUUCCUGGACCGCAACUUCGCCCUGCUCCUGAUGGACGACGAGAAGAAGAUCGUGUCGGAGCUGCAGGCCGACCCGGAUCCGACGACGGUGUCGAUGGUGGAGUUUGUGCGGCUCUCCAAGCCGACCACGUCCUUCCUCCAGGUCGCCCAGUCCAACGUCCUCACGCUGGGCCAGGUGCGCAAGUACGCCCAACACUUCAUCUACUGGCGCCGCGCCAUCGCCAUACCCCCCCUCCACGCGCGCGACGUCUACAUCGUCUCGCCCAACUGCGACCCCCGCCGCCUCCCCGCCGACAGCCUCGAGUGGCAGCGACUGUUCCCGGUCGCGCCCCCGCUGGCAAACUUCCUCUCUGAGCUGUCCCAGGCGCCCCGCCCCUACAAGCACUUCUGCCCCAGCAAGGUCCACCGCCCCUCCUACCUGCUCAUGCUGGCCUGGCUCAUGCGCAGGGGCUGGGUCACCCAGCUGUGCACCUUUGCCUACAUCGUCGUCUGGCCAGAGAUCAUCUACGAGGUAGAAUACGAGAUGGAGACGGAGGAGCUCGCCGCCGCCGCCGCCGCUGAAGAGCAGCAGCAGCAGCAGCAAAACUCCACGUCCCCAGAUGACAUCUCACCCACCACCACCACCCCGUCGACACCCAUGCCCCCCAGAACCCUCGGAUCAUUGACAAAUCUAUCAAGCCUGCUCCUAUCUUCUUCCUCCACUACCGCCGCCGCCGCCCCCUCCUCGUCAGUCGCAUCCCUCGAUCCUCCCUUGACAUCAACACCUCCUCCUCCGUCGUUGCUGAGAACAAUGUCUUCAACCGAUGUCCCCGUAAUGGCGACAGGAGGCGUAGGCGUAGGAGUCCCCGCCUCAGCAGUGGAGCACGCCGCCGAACGCGCCCGUCUAGAGCGCAUAGCCAGCCGCGCCCACAGGCAGGCGACUGAGCGCGCCAUAGCCCACGCCAGAAAGGUCACACCCCUCGCCACUGCCCACCCUUCGCUCAAUGACGCCGCCCACCUCAUAGGCAUCGCGCCCCACAUCAUCCUCGACGCCAAGAAGACCACGGGCAAGGAAGCGCGCUACCUGUCCGCCAUAUCCAGGAGGUUCCGCGAGGACAAGGUGCGCGACGCCUGGCGCUCCUUCUGCAGGUACUUUGACGGACGGUCUGCUCUUGAGAGGAUCGCCCUUCAGGAGGAUAUGAAGAGAAAGGAGGUCUGGAGCCUUCUGACCGCCAUGUCCGAGUAUGUUCUUUGUACGAGGCAUUGGUGA